AUGGCGAUUCGGGUGACGAAAAAGUGUUGCCUGUUUUCGACGCUUGGUGUGCUCGUCCUGGCGGCCGCAUUAACCGUGACGCUGGUUUUGGUGUUGCGGGACGAUGAGGAAAUUAGUGAAACGUACCGAUUCGCAGCCAGUUCCGUUGAGUUGCGGCUCGAAGAGCAACCGGAUCAUCGGUACGUGCUGAGCAUCUAUCGAGGAAACGAUCGCCUGCAGCGGGUCACUUUCGAUCAUGAUUUUACGGACGACUCCGACAUCGAAACGUUUCCAAAAGGCAUGCGCCUGCACGGUAACGGCCAAAACAUCGAGUUCCGUGUGCUGGACGACAGUGCCGGGUUUUCCUACCUCAGCGUAACGCGCACCCUCCGCAAGGGCCAAAUCAGCAGUGACAUGCUGCAUCUACACGACACCUUUGGCCCCGAUGAUGCACCCCUACACUGGUACGGUGGCCCAGAGCUAAUGGAGCAGUAUUACCCGAUCGAGCGGCUGCGCUUCGACGAUUACCCAUACAUCACCAAAGAGCUACACAGCGCCGCCAUCAUCGAACGCUACUGGCUCAGCACGGCCGGUGUCUUUUUCUACGUCGACAAGGAGGUACCACUGUUCCUCGACCAAGACGACGAAGUGCUGCGGCUAACCGCGAAGAAAGAGCUACCAUACUACACCUACGAUGAUGAGUUUGUGUUCAGCUACCGCAUCGGUGUGGCAGCUGACGCACGGGAAGCCCACCGACGAGCGGUGGAACGCGUACUCAACCAACCAGUCGACAUCCCGGACGAACGGAUGGUUCGGCAACCGAUCUGGUCGACGUGGGUGCGUUACCGGCGCCCAAUCAGCCAACAAACGGUGCUGGAAUUUGCGCGCGAAAUCAACGCCAACGGCUUCAAGAACGCACAGCUCGACAUCGACGAUCUGUGGGAGGUGUGUUACGGUUCGUUGACAUUCAACACCGUCACGUUCCCGAAUGUUACCGAGCUGACGGAGACACUGCGCGAGAUGGGCUUCCGCGUGACGCUUUGGGUGCAUCCGUUCAUCAACAAAAACUGCGAACCCUGGUAUACGGAGGCACUCAGCAAAGGCUACUUGGUGAAAUCGCACAACGAAACCAUCGGCUACAACACAAAAUGGUGGAACAGCGGCGAGAAUGAGGCAUCGUACAUCAACUUUAACAACCCGGACGCGGUCGAGUGGUACCGAAGGCGGUUGCGUGAGCUGCAGGAGCUCGGUAUCGACAACUUCAAGUUUGAUGCAGGUGAAACGAGCUGGGCACCGGCGGAUCCAGAUAUUGGUGGCCCAACCGCACUGUUACCAUCGAGCCAAACCGUCAACUUCGUGCGGAUGUGCGCGGCGUUUGGUAGCAUGAUCGAGAUACGUACCGGUUGGGGUACGCAGGAUCUGCCGGUGUUUGUCCGGAUGCUCGAUUUUGAUACGCGGUGGGGCUGGAAUAAUGGGCUACAGUCGCUGAUACCGACAUUGCUGCAGAUGAACUUGAACGGGUACCCGUUCGUCCUGCCGGAUAUGAUCGGGGGCAACGUGUAUGGCGAUGACAUACUGACGAAGGAGCUGUUCAUACGUUGGCUCGAGGCUAGCGUCUUCAUGCCAAGCAUUCAGUUCUCUAAAACACCCUGGGACAUUGACGAAGAGACCAUCGGGUGGUCGAGGAAGUUCGCCCAACUCCACGAGACGUACGCAGACUACAUCAUCCAGCGGAUGCGGUUGGCGGUGUCGCACGGUACACCGGUAAACCCUCCGAUCUGGUGGCUGGAUCCGACGGAUCAUACUGCCCAAACCAUUCACGAUGAAUACCUGCUCGGGGAGGACAUCUUGGUAGCGCCGGUGCUCACGGAGUUCGCGACAUCCAGAGACAUCUACUUGCCGAAGGGUACUUGGCGCGAUGGUAACACAAACCGGGUGCACGAGGGUGGCCGAUGGAUUUACAACUACACGGCACCGAUGGACACGUUGCCGUACUUCGUCUCUGCCACGUUUCAAAUUAACUGAAGAAAUGCCACGCAACCGAAACAACGCUACAGUUCCUUAAUAUUGCAAUCCAAAUGGGGGUCCCUUCGAUAAUUCGCCACUGCCGUGAAGGGCGCGCGAUACCGAGAGAGAGAGAGCAAU